AUGUUAUUUCCUUUUCACAGUUUUUCUUCACUUACAUAGGGCAGUCAAAUUAGUUGCCGGGACCCUAGUGUAUGUAUGCACGAUGCUAAAAGUUCCGGUGUAGAGGAAAAGAUCCUCCGAAAAAGAAGCUGAAUUAAGAGGCUUGCAACCAACUCCAUACGAAAGUUGGAACAUCCAACUCAAAGCAUAUAGACCCAAAGAACAAGACAAAAGCAGCACUGAAAGUCACCAAGAUACAUUUGCCAAGUAUAUUUGUGGAAAACUUCGAUUCCGAGAAUAUCUCAGUUGUAUGACAAAUAAUGAAGAAGGAGGCUCCUAUUUACUAAUUGCUGAAACAAAUAGAUAGUACAAGACAUCAAAGGACGGUUCACGCAUUUACAGUAGUUUGGUUCCAGAAAUAGAAGGAUUUGAGUUAAAAUGUGGAAAACAUGAACUUGAGAACAGUCUAAAAUUUGUAAUUAUAUCUCAUAUAACAAAACUAAGUUUUGAUAAAUCUUUUGGAGAUAUAUCUCCAGACCUUGUAAAACUACAGUUUUAUCCAUUGAAGACAGAAAGCAGCAAGGUGCGUCCUUGAGAUUGUAGCUGACUACACGGAAGAGAUAGUGACCUAUAACAAACAAGGCUCUUUAUCUUACAGAUAGGGGGGCCGUUGAAACAAUAGCUCGUGAAGAUUGGUUGUGCUCAAUAACAGAAAGCUUUAAUGAUCUGAAUUGAUCCCUGUUUCUAUCCAGGACCCUAACACAGGUGCAGUGUCCCUUUCCCCAUCUUGGGAAUACAUUAAGGACAACAGCUUCAGUUUUGGCCAUUUUGUCUAUCAAAAUGACGUCCAGUUCAGAGACGAAUCGUUCGAGUUAUUCAGAUGAUGCGUUGGACAACCUUUAUAAGGGUCCUGGUAUGCGUUGUUCAUACACAAUAUGCUCAUCUACAUGUGAAGACAGCAGCGAGUCACCAGGUGAAACGUUCGAAUACACAAUAAACGAGGCUGAGAGUGAAGUAACCGACAUAUGUGGUGAAGACACGUCACCCAUAGAGACGAACAGAUCUGAUCCUAAAACAGAUGAGGACAUUGGUGAACAAGCGAUGCUACCCCCAGAUGGUAAUCAGAAAUAUUUGUUGGAGCAAAUCAGGAUCCAGAUGCAAACACAAUUCGAUGGAGUCAAGGACACACUGCUGAAGGAGAUAAGGGGUAUCAGAGACACGCAGAGGGAGAUUCAACGAGAUUUGGUGAGAUUGAAAGCUUCAGGUAACGAUGGUGAUGGUAGUGUAACGGCUUUGCACUAUGAACCGCACCAGAGACGUGCCCAAUAUGCGGUUCGUCCUUUGAGUACAGCUGGUACACAAACCAACUUAUCAGUGGAAACUCAAACGCCAAACUCGGAAUCGUGGGUUGUUAAACCAGAUGCAGACAUUUUGAUCACAUGCCUUUAACUGACGUCGAGAGGACCGUUAGGGGUUUUAAUACUGCAUUCUACAAUGCCUGAAGCAACUAUCUGACUCUGAUUGGUCAUUCAGAGGUUUCAAAUCGAAAUAAUGUUUCUGAUUAACAUUGAUGACUUAAGUGAGUGAGUGAGAAUGGUUUUACGCCGCUUUUUGCAAUAUUCCAGUAAUAUCAUGGCGGUGGACACCAGAAAUUGGCUUCACUCGUUGUACUCAUGUCGGGAAUCGAACCCGGGUCUUAGGCGUGACGCUUUAACCGCUAGGCUACCCGACCGCCCCUGAUGAUUUAAGGACCACUUCACUGUGUAUGACCAUGUAGUGACAUUUCUUUUGUCAAUCACAUCUCUGAUAUGAACUUGAAGAGGUCAGCUACCUGGUGACACAGACCUGCAAGUUCAUCAUAGACGGGGGGCACGGGUGGCCCAGUCGUCUAAGGCGCCGCGAUUCGCUGUGCAGAGUUGCGUCCCUUGGGCACGCCAAAAACCUAUG